AUGUCCGGGGAGCUUUGCAUGUGCACUGCCUUCAUCAACGGGAAAAACGCUGGAAUGUGGGGGAACAAUGGCACCUGGCUGCCUGCUAUUGGCGGUGCUGGGUCUUGUGAUACGGUACCUGGUCCUUACAGCGGAGGGCACGUCGCCGUUAAGGAUGACAAGAUCAGCCAAUCGAAGCCAACGAUCGAACCUCUUCCAAACUUUGACUGGAAAGCCACGCCGCCAAUGAAGAUCAGACCAUUCAAACCAACGUAUAACAUCACAAUGGCCAUCCAAAACAGCGCCCCCUCGGACCUCAUCGUCAUGGACCGCAACUACCUCUCCCGCGUAACGGCCCGCCGCCAUCUCAUAGCGCAGCACACCUCUUCCGUACUCGGCGCCAUCCCGCCAGGCGAAGCAGCCGUCAGAGAAUUGUACACCCACCUCCUCGGCACCUACCUGCCGGCGCGCUAUCCCACCAUGUUUGAACUCAUCCGAGCCCCUUCUGCCAACAGCAACAGCCACCACCAGAGUGUCUCCUUGCGCAACAAAGUCACCGGGCUCGAAGCUCCCGUCCACCCGCUGCCUUCUGACACGAACGAGAUGCUCCGAAUCUUGGGCGAGACGGUCGAGGACGACAUGUUUUUGCUCUUGCGGGAUCGGGCUACUAGCAGCGAUGAAAAAGGCAUUGGUGGUCGUGGUGAUGGUGGUGGCGAGCACAGGGCCGUGGCGUUUGUGUGCUGCCACCCGGCAGGCUUUGACCCCUCGGAGAAGCUGGGCAAGAGGCUGGCCGAGAUCCAUGGGCCGGUGCCGGCGUAUGAGAAGAUCGGACCCAGCAUGGAGAGGUUCUUUGGACGGUUGGAGGUCGGGAAGGCCGUGAAGAGGGUGAAUACACAUUUGAAAAUGUAUACGCCGCGGGGAAACCACGUCCAUGUGGGCGAGACAGUCGAGGAAGAGACGAGCAUUGACGUUGACGAGGCAAGGCUCAGGGUUGAGCUGCAGACCCUGACACGGCUGCCGGAGACGCAGGCAAUCCUCUUCAGUUUUAAGACGUACAUGUAUCCGCUCGCCGAGAUCAAGGCGGAGGGGCUUGGGCCGCAGCUUGCGGACGCGAUCGAGGGACUGAAGGCUGGGAACGCCCCCGGUAUGUGGGUGUACAAGGGAGGUCAAAGUUCUGUUCCCAGAGCGAUUGCCAGAACCAUUAUGGCUGGGGCACUUCGGAAUGUUGUCGUGGUUGGCGGGUCGUAUGUCGGAGUGCCCCGGUUCGCCAUUAGUUCCGGCCACGAACACAAGGCCUUCAUCCCCUUUACCUCAGUCUUCUCCGGCGCGCCAGGGUCACCGCGCCACCAGGUAGCCCGCGCGAGGGCCGUCUCGCUGCAGCCAAACAGCCUCACCCUCGAUAGAGAAUGGCAGGGCUCCAAGACCAUCCCGUUCGACUUCCUCGUCGUCGCCACAGGCACCCGCCUCGCCGUUCCAGGGACCAUGCCCGACGACGACAAGCCGCCAUCCGUCCGCUACCUGCAAGCCUACCAAGAGCGCAUCCGAACCGCCAGCUCCGUCGCCAUCAUCGGCGGCGGCGCCGUCGGUGUGCAAAUGGCUUGCGACCUGAAAGAGCUCUACCCUGCCAAGACCGUCACCCUCAUCCACUCCCGCGAGCACCUCAUGCCCGUCUACCACGAGGCGCUCAGCAACCUCAUCAAGGACCGUUUCAGAGAACUCGGCGUCCAGCUCAUAACCGGCAGCCGCGUGGUGAUUCCGCCGGAAGGAUUUCCCAACGUUAACAGACAGGCCUUUGACAUAUGCCUGCAAGACGGGCGCAGUCUCUCGGCGGAGUUUGCUAUACAGGCAACAGGGCAGACGCCAAAUAAUCAGUUUCUCCUGUCCGGGCUGGUUGGAGAGUCCGGGCAGUCGGCGGUGCUCAAUCCCAAGAACGGCUUCGUCCGCGUGCUGCCGACGAUGCAAUUUGCUGACCCGCGCUAUCCGCACCUGUUCGCGGUCGGGGACAUUGCCGACUCGGGUGCGCACAAGGCAGCGCGGCCGGGCAUGGUGCAGGCGGCCGUGGCGGCGAAGAAUAUCGCGAGUCUGAUCAAGGGGGAGGAGCCGGUGGAAAGGGCGGCUGUGGCGCCGGCGGGGAUACAUUUGACGCUGGGGUUGACGCGUAAUGUCAUCUUCCGGAACCCCAACAUUGCGGCUGGAGAUGCAGAGCCGUUCAUCAAUCUCAAAGAUGACGGCCGGGAGGAUAUGGGCAUCGACGGUGUUUGGGUCAGACGCGGAGUCGUGGUGACAAGUCCACAGGACUAUCAUCUGUGA